AUAUGAGUGACUGAGUUCCACGAAUGGUAAAGCGUGACAGUGCUCUCAGGAAGUGGUCGGAAAAUAAGGAAAAUAACAGUACUCUUUGUUUACGUUCGGAUCUGUAUGAAUGAGUCCAUUCAUCAUUUAAAAAGCCAUAUCAAUAAACAUGUGUGGAAUUUUUUGUUGUGUUUCGAAGUGUAGUUCGACAGAUUUUGGCGAAGCAGUUUUGGAAGGAUGUAAACAUUUACUGAACAACCGAGGUCCUGAUUAUGCCGGGUCGAUAAUUUACGACAAUCGUAUAUUAAUGUAUGGUUCAAUCUUGUGGCAACAGGGUUCAGAAACCACUCGCCAACCGAUACAAUCUGAUAGAUUCGUACUAUUGUUCAAUGGAGAUUUGUUCAUCGACCGGGGAAACACGAACGCAAGUGACACGCAAUGGUUGUUCGACAGAAUUACUUCUGCGGUAUUCGAUAUAGCCAGUCUAGCGGAUGUGUUUAAAGAAUUAAAAGGUCCGUUUAGUCUCAUAUUGCUGGACAAAAGUCUACGAAGAAUUUACUUUGCAAGGGACAGUCUUGGCAGAAAUUCCCUUCUGUUGGGGCAAUCCGAGGAGGGCUUCAUAAUAACAAGCGUUUUAGGUAGAAACACUUCAAUAGGGGUCGUAGAAAUUCCACCAAAUGGUAUUUAUUACGCUGAUAUGGAUGGAACUGACAUCGAACUCAAUCUAUUUCCCUGGAAGCACACCAACAAUCAUGAAAUCGACUCGUUGAGCAUUACUGACGAUUUAAUAUAUUUACCGUGGAUGACGAAGGAUGUGAUUCCUGUAAAUGCUUUCAGUUUUCACCAUGUAUUGAACACCCAAACACCAGAAGAGACUGAUACAUUCGACUAUCUACUCAACCACAGUUGCAUUGCUGAUCUGUGUGAUCGUUUGUUGAAUGUGCUUACUGAAUCGGUCCGCGAAAGAGUGGUUAAUACACCCAACCACUGCAAAGCAUGUAUGGCAUCCAAACAAUCUUGUGAGCAUCCUCGAGUUGGGAUUCUAUUCUCUGGUGGAAUCGAUUGUACCAUUCUGGCGCUACUAGCCGACAGCUUUGUGCCGGCGCACAUUCCAAUAUGUCUCCUGAAUGUGGCAUUCGAAAAAAUCAUUCGCCCUGGGAAUCCGGAGUACAAAAAACAUAUGGCGAACAGCACCGAUAUUGACUGGGAUGUACCCGAUCGGAUAACAGGGCACAAUAGUUGGAAGGAAUUACAGCUUCUGAAACCGAAUCGAGAAUGGACCUUCGUGGAAAUAAAUGUAACACGUAUGGAACUGCAAAACUAUAAAAAUCGGAUAUCGGAUCUAGUAUUUCCAUUAAAAUCUGUUUUGGACGAAUCUUUGGGAGCAGCAUUGUGGUUUGCAUCACGUGGCAGAGGGUUGGCGAACAAUAGCGAAUAUAAUAGCCUUUGUAGGGUUAUGCUACUUGGUUCUGGCGCGGACGAGUUGUUUGGCGGUUAUUCGAGACACCGUGCGGCAUUCUAUAGGAGCAUCGUCAAAGCCAUCCAACCGAGUGAAGAAAGUAUUCUAACGGGAUUUAAUAAUCUAAUGGCUGAACUAGAGUUGGAUUGGGAUCGACUGCCUAGUAGAAAUCUUGCAAGAGACGAUAGAAUUAUAGGAGAUCAUGGCGUCACUCCGCGGACGCCCUACCUGCAGGAAGACUUCAUCUCGAUAGUACGAAGUUUGAAUGCUGACCAAAGAUGUUAUCAUCCACUGGGUGAAGGCAUUGGUGAUAAACUCACCCUCAGAUUAUGCGCAUAUAAGCUAGGACUACGACAGUCUUGCAAACUUCGCAAACGUGCGUUACAAUUUGGUUCCAGAAUAGCUGACAGGAAGCAGAAUGCCAACGAUAGUUCUAGCUUUCUUAGCUCUUGAUGACAUUUCAAGGUCGUGAUACGUAUUUAAAAUAAAUCUUUAAACUGA